GGGCCGCGCAGCGCUGUCGCAGUGAGCGCUGAGCGGAGGAGGCCGAGGCGUCCUGCACGGCGUGCGGCUGCAAGACCCGAGCGGCUUCCUGCAGCAGCAUCUGGAGGGGACGGGGGGGGGGAAAGAUGCAAUGAAAGCAGAUGCACCGGAGGAUGCAGAGCCUCGGCUCUUUAGCUCAUUAAACGGGAGGGGAGGAGGAACAGGUGAAGGCGGCGGGAGCUGCUCCGCCUUGCAGAGUUGCCCGAGCUGAGAUUUCCUCCUCCUGAGCUCCAGCUGCAGCGGGGGACAGGAGCGAGCCCGGCUCGGCCGCCCUUUGCAGGAAGCACCGGCUUCCAGGGGGAUCCGACUGAGAUUCCCAGCUCUUUUGGGGGGAGGAGAUGGAGCUCUUUUGCCUCCCGGACUCCUCCCCGCCGCCGGCCUGGAGGCCAGGAAAGUGGGGGAUCUGAGCGUUGGGAAGAGGAGGACGUUUAGGGAGAGGCAUUGGGGCCGGCGGCCAGCUAGUUGGGCAAGACCAGCCUGCUGGGUAAAUAAAAUAAUAGAAGAAGGCAGUUGGGUUUCAAAACUACUAGAAGAAGGCAGGUGGUUGUCACAACUACUGGAAGAAGAAGGAGGCAGGUGGUUUUCAAAACUACUAGAAGUAGAAGGCAGUUGGUUUUCAAAAAACUAGAAGAAGGCAGUGGUUUUCAAAACUACUAGAAGACAGUUGGAUUUCAAAACUGGAAGAAGAAGGCAGUUGGUUUUCAAAACUACUAGAAGAAGAAGGCAGUUGGUUUUCGAAACUACUUGAAGAAGAAGAAGGCAGUGGCAAAACUAGAAGACGACAGUGGUUUUCAAAACUACUAGAAGAAGGAGAAGGCAGUUGGUUUUCAAAACGACUUGAAGAAGAAGGCAGUGGUUUUCAAAGCUAUUAGAAGGAGAAGGCAGUGGUUUUCAAAGCUACUAGAAGGAGAAGGCAGUGGGUUUUCAAAACUACUAGAAGGAGAAGGCAGUGGGUUUUCAAAACUACUAGAAGGCAGUGGGUUUUCAAAACUACUAGAAGGAGAAGGCAGUGGGUUUUCAAAACUACUAGAAGGAGAAGGCAGUGGGUUUUCAAAACUACUAGAAGGAGAGGGCAGUGGGUUUUCAAAACUACUAGAAGGAGAAGGCAGUGGGUUUUCAAAACUACUAGAAGGAGAAGGCAGUGGGUUUUCAAAACUACUAGAAGGAGAAGGCAGGUGAUUUUCAAUACUACUAGAAGAAGAAGACAGUGGGUUUUCAAAACCACUAGAAGAAGAAGAAGGCAGUUGGAGAAACUGAACGUCUGUGAGGGCCUCUGCGGAGCCGGUCGCCCACCCCGAGCAGGAGUUGGGCCGGAGCGAGGGCCCGGGCCCCCGGGCGUCGGUGUCCGCGUCGAGGGCAGGAUGUGAGGGCGGGCCCGGCGGGCCUGGGCCUGGGGAUGGGGGGCCGAUGCGGCCCCCGCUGAGCCGGCGAUGGGGUCGCGGAAGGGGGCGGGCGGCCUGGGCCUGCGGCGGCCGCACAGGUUGGCCUUCCUGCUGUUCCUGUCGGGGCUGGUCACCCUGGCCUUCGGGGCCCUCUUCCUCCUGCCCGAGUCGGCCCGCCUCAGGAGGCUCUUCCUCCCGCCUCCCCCAGCCGAGCGCCCCGAGCCCCCGGGACCCCCGGCACCCCCGGCCCCGAGGGCCCGACCGCGCGCGGGAGCGGGCCGGCCCCGGCCCCUCGUCACCGCCGGCCCCCGGCCCUCCACCGCCGGCCCCAGCCCCGCCGCCCGACCCUCCGCGCCCCCCUUCAGCUUCGACUUCGCCCGCUUCCGGAGCCGCCUCCGACACCGCGUGCUGGGCACCGGCCUCGACGACCACCCGCCCGACCACCCCGGACACCGCCGCCUCAAAGUCAGAGAGAUGAUGAAGUUUGCCUGGGACAGCUACAAGCAGUAUGCCCUGGGCAAGAACGAACUGCGUCCGCUGACCAAGAACGGACACGUGGGGAACAUGUUCGGAGGCCUGCGAGGGGCCACGGUCAUCGACGCACUGGACACCCUCUACAUCAUGGAGCUGGAGGACGAAUUCCAAGAGGCCAAAAGCUGGGUGGAAAACAGCUUCAACGUGAACGUGAACGGCGAGGCCUCCUUGUUCGAAGUGAACAUCCGCUACGUCGGAGGGCUCCUGUCAGCGUAUUACUUGACCGGCCACGAGAUAUUCCGAACGAAAGCAAUCGAACUGGGAGAGAAACUCUUGCCGGCCUUCAACACCCCGACUGGAAUCCCGCGAGGAGUGAUCAACCUGGGAAGCGGCAUGAGCUGGAGCUGGGGCUGGGCGUCCGCGGGGAGCAGCAUCCUGGCCGAAUUCGGGUCUCUGCACUUGGAGUUCGUCCAUCUCACCGAACUGUCUGGCAACCCCCUCUUCGCCGAGAAGGUGAAGACGAUCCGCCAGGUGCUGAACAGGAUCGAGAAACCUCACGGCCUGUAUCCGAACUUCCUGAGCCCGGCCACCGGGAGCUGGGUGCAGCACCACGUCUCGAUCGGCGGGCUCGGGGACAGCUUCUACGAAUAUCUGAUCAAGUCCUGGCUGGCGUCGGACAAGACGGAUACCGAGGCCAAGAAGAUGUACGACGACGCUCUGGAGGCCAUAGAAACCCAUCUGGUGAAGAAGUCCGCGGGGGGGCUGACCUACAUCGCCGAGUGGCGGGGGGGGAUCCUGGACCACAAGAUGGGGCACCUGGCCUGCUUCUCGGGGGGCAUGAUCGCCCUCGGGGCCGAAGGCGCCGCCGGCCCCAAGAAGCAGCACUACGUGGAGCUCGCCGCCGAGAUCACGCGCACCUGCCGCGAGUCGUACGCCCGCUCAGACACCAAGCUGGGGCCGGAGGCCUUCCGCUUCGACUCGGGCAGCGAAGCCACGGCGACCAGACUGAGCGAGCGUUACUACAUCCUGCGCCCGGAAGUGGUGGAAAGCUACAUGUACAUGUGGCGCGUCACCCACGACCCCAAGUACCGGCAGUGGGGCUGGGAGGUGGUCCUGGCGCUGGAGAAGUACUGCCGAGUGGGAGCCGGUUUCUCCGGCAUCCGGGACGUCUACACCACGACCCCCACCCACGACAACAUGCAGCAGAGUUUCUUCCUGGCCGAGACGCUCAAGUAUCUCUAUCUCCUGUUCUCGGAAGACCACCUGCUCUCCCUGGAAGACUGGGUGUUCAACACGGAAGCCCACCCCCUCCCCGUGAACCACACGAACUUCCGCGUCCAAGCCAGCACGGCCCACUGACCCCAGGCCGGGCGUCCACCCCCCGGGGGGUCCGGCCCGUUCCCGGAACGGCAUUCGGGGGCCGUCCAUCCGUGCCCGGGCAGGAACCGGGGGGGAGGCGCC